AUGGGGAACCACAUCUCCUACCAAACAUCCGAGUGUGAGAUCCUAUUGCCGGGAACAAGUGGCUGUGUCAAAGGCCUGCAAAAUGGCACUCAGUCGAGACGCUUCGCCGGAAUUCCUUACGCCCAACCCCCGGUCGGCGACUUGAGAUGGCGAAAACCUCAACCCUACCCUUUGCAACAGCUCACCGCAGGCCAGCCCGGGGAUACUUAUGAUGCGACGCGAUUUGGCCCUGUAUGCCCGCAGCCUAAUUACUCCAAAGCCGUCAGUUCCCAUGGUGGACCUAAACACACCUAUCGUGAAGAUUGUUUACGCCUUAAUAUCUGGACACCCGUUCCUGCCCCCCAAGUGCGCAAUCCCCGGUGGCCUGUCGUCAUCUGGUUUCAUGGGGGUUGGUUCCAGAUUGGCGACCCCAGCCAGGAGCCGGGAAUGGACCCCACAGAACUUAUCUCCACUGCACAGUUAAAUGCCAUCUUCAUCGCAGUUGGCUACCGAUUGAAUGUCUUUGGCUUUCUGGCAGGCGAGGCAUUGCGAGAGGAGUCAGCUGGCCAAGAAGUCGGAAACUAUGGUCUUUGGGACCAGCGACUCGCCCUGGAAUGGGUGUACCAGAAUAUUGCUGCCUUUGGGGGCGACCCGGAGAACAUCACAAUCUCGGGUCGCAGUGCUGGCGCUUAUGCGGUUCAAGCUCAAGUUCUGUAUGACUUCCGGGGCGAGAUGGAGGAAGCUAUGCGCAACAAGUUCCGCAGACUGUACUUGCACUCAAACGCGAUUCCGUCCCAGCCCAAGACAGUACAGGAUUGUGAGCCACAGUUCGAUGAAUUGUGUCAGCACUUUGGCAUUUCAGCAGACCUGACAGGGGCAGAGAAGUUGAAGAAGCUGCGAGCCAUCAGUGCAACAGACUUGUGUGAUGCGAUCAUGAAACUCAAAUACCACACCUUCCGACCGGUCACGGAUGGUGUCUUCAUCCAUUCAGGCGUCUUUGACUAUUAUCGCAAUGGAUCUUUCGCCGCCGAGUUCAAGAGGCGUGGCCUGCGGUUGUUUAUUGGAGAAGUCCGAGAUGAAAACACACUGUAUGCCGUGACGAACGGCCCGGAGGCCAAUCUGGAAUCAUUGAAACUGCAAGUGUCCAAUUAUUAUUCUCCUGCCACAACAGACCGUUUACUACGCCAUUAUGUCCUACCAGAUUCCACAGACAAGCAGGAAUGGCAAUCUGUAUUCGGACAAAUCAUCGCCGACGGGCAGGUCCGAGCGCCCUACAGGUUUCUGGUGAACAAUCUCCUGGAGCAUGGGGCGGAUCUCAAGGAUGUCUGGCGGUAUCUCAUCGCAUACCGCUUGUCGUUCAUCACUGAAAAGGUAGCGCCAGCAUCUUUUGGAGUGAGCCACAGCAUGGACAGACCCAUAUGGAAUUACUCAAUCAUGCAUGGACCCAGUCCUGCAGAGCGCGUCUUGAUGGACGCCUGGAUCCGAGAUCUAGUAGCCUUUGUGAACGACCAGCCUGACUAUGACUAUGGUACACGGUCGGCAGAUGAGUACAAGGUGAUGACUCCGGAGGGCAAGAUUGAGGUUCAAAAGGACGGCCGAUGGGAUAGUCUGUUGCAGCUGAUGGAUGUGUUUUCGGGACGUUCGGAGUCUUGA